AUGAGUCAAUUACGAGAAUUACUUAAUUGUAAUUUAGCUAUUCAAUUCUAUGAAAAAUAUGAGGGUUCAGCGCUAAAUUUACUUCAAAUAUCAGACUAUGAAGAAAUAACCAAGCCUUAUGAAGAAGGGUUAGUUGCAUUAACUCAAUUUCUUAAUAAUGUGGAUAUUACGACUGAUUUAACACUUAAAAAUGAACUUGAAGAAAUGUUUGCCCUUUAUUUGCAUUUUCCUACUGAUAAUUAUAAAGUUAUCUUGAUUAUGGCGUAUAAAUUUCUCAACUCACACUGUAUCUCCAAUGACAUUUCCGAACAAGAGCUUUCAGAAUAUUCCGAAUAUCAAAGCAUAAUAAGAGAGAUAUAUAUGGAAGAUAUUCGCAAAGUUGACCCCGAUUUAGAAAGUGGAAUGCGUACUUUGAUUGUGUAUGGUGGUUUUCUAAAGUUUCAUCGAAAUGUAUGGAACCUUGGUGAAAUUGAAAUUAAUCCUCCCAAACUUGAACUUAGUUCGAGGUCAUACGAAAAUCUCUGGAAGACAUCCCGUCAAGGGCCAUAUAUUGCCAGAGUUGAUUUCGUUAAACGAUACGGAUUCUUUUAUCCUAUUGUGACAAAUCUCAAUGAUAGAUUUUUCCAAACUCACAUUGACUUAUUGAGUGUUAAAAUAGAUAGAAUUAGAUCUUUUCAAGUUCCAGAUGACACUAGUCAACCUAGAACAAAAAUUCAUUUGAUCAUUAAAUUUAUCUGUUACUUAAACAGGGUCGUACCUUUGUUCCGAUUUCCUCAUAGAAUUUAUUGUGAAAGAAAAAGAGAAUUUCCAUUAGAUAUCUUAAAGAAUACGAUGACAGAUAUUGAUUUAGUAAUAGAUGUUAAAAAUAGACAUGUGGUUCCAGCAGUAAUUGUAAGAAACAAUUUAAAAUUUAUGUUUGAAAACUUCCAAAAGACAAAGAAUUCUAAUUUGACAAGUUCAAGUGAAUUUAUUGGAUUGUAUCUGGAAGCAUUAUUGAAUUCUAUUCUAACUAAAUCUAGUCUUUCAUUCAUUUCAGAUGGGAGGUUCUGUAUAGCUAUCUUAUUCAAUGUUGAUAAGUUGGAUAAUGAAGAUAAUAUUUAG